GUUGCGAACAGCCAAGCAACGCUCGGAUGACUUCACGGAGGACAUGAAGAUCAAUCUCACAGAGAUGUCGUUGAUCGCUCCGAAUGGUCCACGCUCCAGUCACUGGGAGCUGGCUUGCAAGCAGCUCAAUGCAGGCGAGCGUCAGCAGCUUGAAGCCGCUUAUGUGGAGCGCCUGAAGCCUGUCUACGAGCAGCUCGGAGGUGACAUUGAGCACCCUGAGGCUGCAUGUGUGGACUUCCGACUCUUCGUGGUGGUUCUCAUCGGCUUAGCCAAGUUUCAAGACAAGCCGAAGUUGACAACCAUGGUGGGUGAGAAGCCCGAACAGGAGCAGGCUCGCAGGCGAUUGACCAUGGCCAUCAGGGUCCUUUGUCCGAAUGAUGGAAAGGAUGAGGCACAGGGAAAGGGCAAAAAGAAGAAGGUCCCCAAUGGACGCAGGUUGACCGAGGAUGAGUUGUUUAUCGUCAUCCUUGCGAUGCAUUUGAUUUUUAUUGAGAAUUCACACAAGUUGCACGAGCUCGUUAGGAAGAAGGUGGACAUUAUGUUGAGCAACGCUGCUGCGGAUUCAGAGUAUGGGUGCCAAGUGCUGUUUCACACACGAAAAUCAAGGACUCGUUCCACAGGUGUCCGGAAGGGCCGAGGGGACGUUGCCCGGCUCUAUGUGAAGGGUGAGAAGUCUAAACAAAAACUGGCUGAAACCAUCCUGUUUCAGGGAAGCAACACUGCAUGA